AUGAGUUUCAGCUUUCACUUAAAAUACCAUCAGAAGACCAGAGAGAUCUCCAGGACUUGUAUCCUAAAGAAUGCCUCACUCGGCCAUUCUUGGGGUGAAAGGACAUUUCGCACCAACCAGGCAUUCCCCUCCGCCCUAUCUUACUGUGGCCCCCUGCAGCGAGGGGGCUCUGAUAGGUCCGAAGGAUUAAUGGGACUGGCCUGCAGGGCAGAAGCAUCCCUGUCUAUAAAACCUCUUCGCUCACUACCGCAAACCGCCUUGUGUUUAGACAGGCAGACCACAAACGCGCUUUUACGCACGACGCACCGUUACGCUUGUUUCGGCAUACAAAGUUUAGGCGCGACUAUGAUUCUGUCCGGUGAAUCUGAGGCGCCUCACCAAACUAGACUGUCUGUGGAAGAGCACGAAAUUGAUAUAGUGGGCGGUGAAGAGCCUGUCCACCCGCUGGUGUUCCGGACCGGGUGCUCCACGGACGCUGGAUUUUCAACAGAAUCUGGUGCUGAGUUUGACUCCUCAGAGCCCGAUUCCUCUGGGGAAAGCGAGAGCAGCUUCAGCACGGACGCUCCGGCGCCCAGGAAGGCUCAGAGUGGCUCGGUAAAGCCUCCGUACUCCUACAUCGCCCUCAUCACCAUGGCCAUCCUGCAGAGCCCACUGAAGAAGCUGACGCUGAGCAGCAUCUGCGACUUCAUCAGCAACAAGUUUCCCUACUACGGGGAGAAGUUCCCAGCUUGGCAGAACUCCAUCAGACACAAUCUCUCUCUCAAUGACUGUUUCAUCAAGAUCCCAAGGGAGCCCGGGAACCCGGGGAAAGGUAACUACUGGUCUCUGGACCCUGCGUCUGAGGAUAUGUUUGACAACGGCAGCUUCCUGCGCAGGAGAAAGCGAUUCAAGAGGAACCAGCCGGAAUUCAGCAGAGACGGAUUGUUUUACUCUAACCUGAGCAGCUACAGGCCGUACGGACAGCCGUAUAGCGCACAGGGGCAGGUAAAUCUCAUGCCCGCUGCUCCUGCUCGGUACAUACCCCUUCAGGAUGGCACUAUGAUGCCCCCUUCUUCUUACCAUCUUUUACCGCGUGCUCUAAACGCUAACGGGAAACGCAGCGGGCCUAAAGACUCCAGAGCGCAGCCGUGCGUAACAGUGCCAAAGUCUGGCGCUCAAGCAAAGUGCUCAUUCAGCAUCGACAGCAUCAUGAGCAGACCAUCUCCCUGCGGUGCACAAAACCCACAUCCACCUCACUCUCUUGACGGCGGCCUUGGAUUUGGCCAUCUGAUGUCAUACCCGGCAUCCCGUUUGGUACCAGCGCUCCUGCAGCCUUUAAAGACUCCCCUAUACUACAGGCCUGCAAUGCCGAGCACUGCUCCUUUAAUAAACGAGCAUCUCCUACGUUCCGUCACUCAAUGCUGA